AUGGGAUUCAGCACUACAUUCAGUCUCAGCGUCGUUGCUUUAGUCGCCUUUUUGGCUGGCCCAAUAAGCCAUUUUGUGCAAAUUACAGGAAUCUUUCUCACCCCCAAUUCGACAGUACUAGGUGAAGGGCAAGGCCCAAUCCACAUUGAAGACACCAUUCACUGCGAGGAUGUUCACCACUACCGUCCAGCGAACCUGCUGUUCACUGCCUGCGAGGACGACAAGAGCACACGGUUUAGUUGGUUCCCGCCGUUAGGAAACUUGCUGCCACGCACAGCCCAAGGCUCUAUCCAUGUUGUGGAUCCCAAUACUAUGAAAUCCACUCGUCUGGCAUUCAAGAACUUCCAAGGCCCCUUCCUGACACAUGGAAUCGAUGUCAUCGAGGAUCCCGAGCAGUCGGACGCAGUCUAUAUCUACGCCGUCAACCACAUGCCCAACCCGGCAUACUUUGAAGCCGGCAAGCCCAAGGGCGUCCCCAAAGCUCAGUCUCAGAUCGAGGUCUUCCACUACAUUCUAAAAUCCGAUUCCAUCCGACAUUUACGCUCAAUUAACCACCCGCUCAUCAAAACUCCCAACGACAUCUAUGCCGCUAGCCCGCUCUCCUUCUACGUUACCAACGAUCACUCCUACCGCGACGGGCCCAUGCGACUCGUCGAGGACGUCUGGCGCUCAGCCAAGUGGUCCGAUAUCAUCCACGUGCAGAUCGCCAACCUGACAAGCAAAGACGCUCCCAUCGAAGCCUCCGUCGCGUUGAAAGGUCUAUGGAACAACAAUGGCCUCGGGCACGGCCGCACCGACAAUGAAAUCAUUGUUUCUAGUGCUAUGGGCGGCGAGAUCUUCCUCGGAACCCAACACGAGUCCAAUCACUCUAUCUCCAUCGAUACCUCGGUCUCCGUUGGUGCUCUCGCGGAUAACCCGUCCUACUACGACGAUCCAUACCGCACUGACUCGCAUGAUGCGAGCGGAUACCUUGUGGCAGGUGUCUCGCAAGCUAUUCGUAUGGUGAGUAGUUCUAAGGAUCCGAAUAUCAUGGUUCCCAUUGCAGUUCAGGUAUGGUAUAUGACUCUCAAUUCGCGCACUGGAGUCUGGGAGAAGAAGAUACUGUUUGAGGAUGACGGGUCUAGGAUUAGCACUGCGAGUGCGGCUGUUUUGGUGCCCAUUCGGCCUAAGGCUAGUAAGAAACUUGCUUGGCUCUUUGUCACUGGGUUUAUGUCGGAGAGUAUGGUGGCCGUGCAGGUUGAGCUGUAG